GUUCGUUUUGUUAAGUCGAAAAUCAGGAAUGAUUUGCUUCGCUGCAUUGAAAUCAGAACUUUCGAUAUGCUUCGUUGGGUCAGAAUUAGAGUCUUGCCAACGUUCUAUGGCUGUUUUUGUUACUUUGCUGGAUGGUGUUGCAUUGUUUUAUUGGAUAGUUCGUCGACAGUUUAUAGGCAGUUUUACCAUCUCAUUGGUGGUUAUUCGUCGUUUUAUGAGCUGUUUUGCAUCAUCUCGUUGGAUGUUUUUUGACGUUUUAUAA